CGAACCUCCUGCUGCUGGGCUGGUUCCGUCAGUCUGACUCUGGACCUGAACCAUGGAGGACUCCGAGUGUCCGGCCCUGACCGUGGAGGGCGACUGGAGCCCGGCCCAGAGUAAAACCGUCCGGAACAAACUGCAGCUUUACUUCCAGAGCAAGAAGAAGUCCAGCGGAGGAGACUGCCGGGUGGAGGUGGAGGAGGAGGCCGCCAGAGCCUCCGUCUUCUUCCGAGCGGAGGAGGUCAGAGAUCAAGUCCUGGCGAAGACGGACCAUGAAAUCACGCUGGAGGGUAAAUGUGUUCGGCUGCGGCUCGGUUCUGGACCCGCUCAGAUCCAGACGAACAGCAGCAACAACAGCUCAGAUCCAGCUGCAGAUUCCAAGAACCAAGAACCAGAACCAGAGGAAGGAGCUUCUGCAGCAAACCAGAGAGGUUCCGAGUCGGAUCCGGUCGUUGCCGUGGUUCUGGAGAACGUCUCGGAGAACCUGAACAAAGAUUAUCUGCAGAUGCUGGUGGAAACCAUCUCUGGCCUGGAUGAGAACGACUUCAGUCUGGAGAUGAUCUGGGAAUCCAACCUGGCUGUGGUGAACUUCAGCGUUCCCACAGAUGUGGAAAAGUUCAUAUCAGUGAGUCAGAAAAACUCCAAGGUGAAGAAACUUGGACUGACGGCUCGGCCACUAGGGGCAGCAAAGAGCGUCCGCAUGGAGAGUCUUCCUCCGUCUGUCCUCAAAGACAUGAUUGAGUUGUGGUUUGAGAAGAACUGGGAACUUCCUGAGGACGUGGUGAUGAUCCCAGAGGAGCAGGCGGCCAUCGUCACCUUCAGGGACCCAAAAGUUGUUCAAAGCAUCUGCGUUAAAGAAGACCAUGUGAUGCGCUCCAUCCCUGUCAAGCUGUAUUCGUACCACGAGUCGCUGGGAGCCGCCCUGUACGGCCCGGCCCGGCCUGCCUGGAAGAUGCCCGAGCCCGUCACCCAGAAGGUUCUGCAAGUGAUCUGGAAAUUCCUCCUGCUCAAGAAAAUGCUGAAAAACAUCAACGAUCAGAUGCGGCCGCAUUUCUGCAGCGUAGAUUUGGACCAGCCCGAGGUGAAACUCAGCCCCCUGCCCAGUUUUCUGAGGCAGAAAAGUCUGACUGCGAAAGACGUAGACAACUGGGCGGAGGCGGCGAAGGACGCCUUCUGCAAACUGCUGGCCCAGUACUCGGCCUUCGAAUGCAACGCGAACACAGAGGCAUGGAAAGCUGCCGAGAAGGAAGUCCUCUCGGUGGUGAAGGAAGACGCCUUAGUGGAGUUCGAUCCGUCCAGACAGGUUGUGACGGUCGCUGGCAGAGCCGACGAUAUAAAGAAAAUCCGAGCUCCAGUAGAAAACAUCCUUCUUAAAUUAAUGAGUCACAUUGAACGGCAGACCAAAGGUGUGACUGAGAGCCUGGACUUUUCUCCUGCCUAUUUCCACAUCCUGACGGAGGAAGGGCUGCAGAAAGCUGCCUCUGACGUUUCUCCUGAGCUGAAACUCUCGUUCUACGAAGCCACUGGGAGGUUGACCAUUACGGGACUCCCUGCUGAGGUUUACCAGAUCAAAUCCUGGAUCUUAGAGAAAAAUCUGAACAUGAAGAAGAAACAUCUAAAUGUCCCUCCAGGCCUUCUGGAUUACCUCCAGCAGGUGGAUUCCAUGGACAUGUCAAAGAGCCUGUUCACGUCGCAAGGCAUCGGCGCCAUCUACUGCACCGAAACCAGAGGCGUCUUCUUACUGGGGAGCUCUGACAGAGCCCUGGCCGACGCUGAGAGUAAGAUGAAGAAAGAUUUGUUGGUGCAGAAUCUGGACGUGAAAGAUCAGGAAGUUUUGAACCGUCAGAACUGGAAAGAACUGAAAGGAGAACUGUUGGACACCUACAACUCCUCCAACAACAAAACGGUCAUCAUUGUGAUCCACCCAGAGAGAAGAGACAAAGUAACGGUGGCCGGCUUUAGCAAUCCUGUCAAAGAGGUGAGCGUCAGUCUGAGGGACUUCAUUCAGAACUACUCACAGGUCCAGGAGGCCCUUCGGGUCGAGUCCUGUGCCGUCGCUCAGUUCAUUCAGAAGAACAGACGUGACGUUUGGUCGAGAAUCGCCAGCGACAACAAGGUGUCUGUGACCUUUGACCCAGAAAGACCAAAGAUCGUCAUCAGUGGGGCUCGUCUUCUUGCCCACAAAGCGAGAUCCGUCCUUCAACAACUGGCUGCUGAUCUCUUUGCUGACACCUUAACUGUGGACAAACCUGGAGCAAAGAAGUACUUCCUGUCCCAAGGAAGCAUAUUCCUGUCUCCAGUGAUGUCAGAGUUCAGCUGUGUGGUGAUGCUGCAGCCAGAGAUCCAAGAUGAUGAAGAGGAGGAGGAGGAAGGGAGCGUUGAAGACGAGUGUUACUGCAAGGUGCGCACGGCCGGCGGAGUUCUGGUCUCUGUCAGCAGGGCGGAUAUCUGCAGCUUUAAGGUCGACGCUGUGGUCAACGCAGCCAACGAAGACCUGCAGCACAUCGGCGGUUUGGCGUUGGCGCUGCUGAAAGCUGCCGGACCAAACCUGCAGAAGAUCAGCAACGACCUUGUGGCCAAAGACGGGAAGCUCCGCCCAGGAGACGCCGUCGUGACGGAUGGAUGCAGUCUGCCCUGCAGAUACGUCGUGCAUGCAGUCGGUCCGCGCUACUCUGACUCUGACAAGAAGACGUCAGUGUUUCGUCUGAAAUGUGCAGUUAGAGAGAGCCUGAGACAAGCUGAGCUGGCCAGCUGCUCCACCGUGGCGAUGCCAGCAAUCAGCUCUGGUGUGUUCGGUUUUCCGGUGGAGCUCUGCACCGAGACCAUCGCCCGGGGCGUGCGGGAAUACUGCGACAAUCCCAGCGGUCCGGGAUCCUUAACCGAGGUUCACCUGGUGGACAACAACGACGCCACCGUCAGGGUGAUGGCAGCGGCCGUCAGCAGGGAGUUCAGCGACCUGGAGCCCGUCAUGACGGUUCCACAGCACGCCGCCGGGAAGCACAAGGGAGCCGCAGGCGGACAGCAGAGAGGACGAGGAAGAGGCUCCUGGUCUGGAGGAGGAAGAGGAGGGAGAGGAGGAGGGAGAGGAAGAGGAGCAGAAGGAGGAAGAGGGAGAGGAAGAGCAGGGGGUUACCAGGACGACCAUCAGCCUAACCGAGGCGGUUUGAGCCCCAGAGGGCAGAGCAGACGUGGAGAGCAGGGAGGGUCUGGGAGUUUGGAGCAGAUCACAGCUGCAGGUCUGAGGAUCACUCUCUGCAGAGGAAACAUUCAGGACCAGCAGACGGACGGCAUCGUGAACACGGUGGCAGAGAACAUGAACCUGAGCCAGGGCGCCGUGUCGUCGGCCAUCUUGGAGGCGGCGGGGGAGAACCUGCAGCUGGCCGUCCUGACUGAGGCCGGCGUGUCGGCGCUGCAGUUCGGAGACGUGGUCGUCACUGACGCUUACAACCUGAGGUGUCAGAAAGUCUUCCAUGCUGUUUGCCCAAACUGGGACAACGGCGGCGGUGAGGCGGAGAAGGGGUUAGCAGACGUCAUCACUUCCUGUCUGAAGGAGGCUGAGAAGCUGCAGCUGACCUCUCUGUCCUUCCCGGCCAUCGGAACCGGGAACCUGAGCUUCCCCAGGCCGGUGGUGGCCAGAGUUCUGCUGAGGCAGAUCCACCAGUUCAGCCGGCGGGUCUCGCCCCGCCACCUGAAGGAAGUGGUCAUCGUGGUUCACCACAGCGACCGCCAAACCACCGAGUGUUUCACCAGAGAGUUCAGCGGACAGACGGGGAGCGUCCAGCAUGGAGGAGCCGGUUCUGACGGGAACUGGUCUGCCGCUCAGACGCUGCUCAGCCGGCCACAGCAGACCUCCACGUCCUUCAGCUCCGUCUCGUCCCCGUCCCUCGGCGUCUACCGGAUGCAGAUGGGUCAGCUCGCCCUGGAGGUGUCGUCAGGAGACAUCACCAAGGAGACCUGUGAUGUCAUCGUCAACUCAUCCAAUCAGAACUUCAACCUUCAAGCAGGAGUUUCCAAGGCGAUCUUGGACAACGCCGGUCCAAGGGUUCUGUUGGAGUGUGCACAGAUCGUGAAUUCUCCGGGCUACAUGCCUCGUUCCAUGAUCAUGACCUCCGGCGGUCAGCUUCCCUGCAGCAACAUCAUCCACAUCGUCGGCCAGAACGACGCUACUAAGAUCAAGGAAAUGGUGCAGGGAGUCCUGAAGGUCUGCGAGGAGAACAAGUUCAGAUCGGUCGCCUUCCCAGCUCUGGGAACAGGUCAGGGCGGUGUCAGUCCAUCGGCGGUGGCCGACGCCAUGGUCGGUGCAGUGGUAGACUUUGUGAGGAAGAAGCACCCAAAGUUUGUUUGCAGCGUGAAGAUCCUAAUCUUUCAGACAGCCAUGAUCGCCGAAUUUCACAACAGCAUGAAAAAGAGGCAAGGAGAAGAAGUGGCGGAGAAGAGCGUCUUUAACAAAUUCAUAGAUUCAGUUUCUUCAUUUUUUGGACUUGGAGCGGAGCAGCAAAGCACUACUGACUUUUAUCUGGAGCGGCAGGAGUUUGAUCCCGCUGUGUUUCAGCUGUGUGCCGACAACCAAAGGAAUCUGAGCACGGCUAAGAAGAGGAUCAGUGAGCUCAUUCUGAACGAGCAGGCCCAGAGAACCAUCAGGGACCAGUACAUUAACCAGUUCACUCAGGCUGACAUGGACGAGCUGAAGGCCCUGCAGAGGAAUCUGACGGUGAGCAUCCAGCUGGACAGAGGUCAGGAAGACCAGGAGCCCCGGAUCCACCUGGAAGGUUUGACCAGAGACGUCCUGACGGCCGAGUCAGACAUCAGGAACAUCAUCCGGAAAGUGGAGAGAAGUGAGAAUCUGAAGAACAAAGCCAUGAUGGUGAGAAAACAGGUGGAAUGGAAGUUCCAGCACCAGGAUGGAUCAAUGGUGUCCCUUGACAUCCUCACCAACCUCCAGCUUGAAGAAGCUUUUGAGAAAAGUCAAAGUGUGAAGAUCAAAAUCAAAAACGAAACCUUCAACGCUGAUCCAGUUCUUAGACGGGCCGUUUCCACUAAUGGACGGAAGCAGAUAGAGCUGAUGAGAAAUGACUUGAGAACCCCUGACAAUCCGCUGCCUCAACACUGGGAUGACAUGAAGGGCAGCAUCCUGAAGCAGGUUCCCCUGACCGCUGGGUCCCAGGAAUACAACGACGUGUUGGCAGACGUUACAAAAAAUGGACUUUCCCUGAACAUCAUCCAGAUCGAGCGGAUCCAAAAUACGACGCUGUGGCAGAGCUACCAGCUCCUGAAGAAGCAGAUGGAGGUAAAGAACAAGCACACCAACAAUGAAAAGCUGCUGUAUCACGGCACCGGGGCCAACUCCAUCGACCUCAUCAACUCUAAGGGCUUCAACCGGAGCUACGCAGGAAUGCAUGGUGCCAUGUACGGUAAUGGCUCUUACUUUGCUGUGGACCCUGCGUAUUCAGCCAGGGGUUACUCUCAACCAGACAAUACAGGUCACAAGCGCAUGUACCAGGCCCGGGUUCUGGUUGGAGACUACAUCCGGGGAACAUCUGGCAUGAUUGCACCCCCCGCCAAAUCUGGCAAUGCUGCAGACCUGUAUGACAGCGUCACUGACAAACCUAAUAAUCCAUCCAUGUUUAUUGUUUUCCAUGACAUUCAGGCAUAUCCAGAAUACCUUAUCACAUUCACUUAACGUUUUAGCUCUUUUGCAAAUAUUCUGAUCAAAUUAACCUGUCUGACUAAAACUCUUCUACUGUAGAUCAAAACCACUGGAACCUGUUGCUAUAAAUUACUGAAGGAGUGGUGUAAUUUUCUUCAACUCAAAAUAAAGAUAGAAAUUUUUCAUUCUUGGA